UGUCCAGGCUGACUGUCACUGGGGGAAAAUGGCCGCUCGACGUGAUUCUAUUCACCGACACUGAGAACUCUAAAGUCCAGAAAACUCUACAGUCUGAUCUGGAACUAUUGAAACAAACCCAACCUCAACACGGGGGAGUUUUUUAAAUGAAUAAUGUCUCGCUGGGUGCCAACGAAGAAGGAGAAGUACGGAGUUGCAAUCUACAAUUACGAUGUGCGUGGAGACGAGGAGCUGUCGCUACAGAUUGGAGACACAGUCCACAUACUAGAGACAUAUGAAGGCUGGUUCAGAGGUCACAGGCUGAGGAGGAAGUCCAACAAAUUCCAGGGGAUCUUUCCUGCCUGUUACAUUCACCUCAAGGAGGCCACCGUUGAAGGCAAUGGGCACAAGGAGACGGUGAUCCCCAACGAGCUGCCUCUGGUCCAGGAGGUCACCACCACCCUGCGGGAGUGGGCUUCCAUAUGGAGAGACCUCUACGUGGGGGACAGGCGUGAGAUGUUUAACUCUGUCAGGGACAUGAUCUAUGACCUGAUCGAGUGGCGAUCUCAGAUCCUGUCAGGGACCCUCCCACAAGACGAGCUGACUGAGCUAAAACAGAGAGUCACCUCUAAGAUCGACUACGGGAACAAGUACCUGGAUCUAGACCUCGUGGUGAGAGAUAAAGAUGGCAACAUCUUGGACCCCGACUCUACCAGCACCGUCUCUCUCUUCAGAGCCCAUGAAGCUGCUUCCAAACAGAUCGAGGACAGGAUCCAAGAGGAGAAGUCUCAGAAACAGAAUGUAGAUCUGAGCAGGCAGGCCAAGUUCGCCCAGACACCGUCCUUCGCUCUCUUCGUCACCCUGAAGAACGUGGUGUGUAAGAUCGGAGAAGAUGCAGAGGUCCUCAUGUCGCUCUACGACCCUGUCGAGUCAAAGUUCAUCAGUGAGAAUUACCUGGUGCGAUGGUCCAGUCAAGGCCUGGUGAAGGAUAUAGACCAGCUACAUAACCUGAGAUCAGUCUUCACUGACCUUGGCAGUGAGGAUUUAAAGAGAGAGAAGAUCAGCUUUGUGUGCCAGAUCGUUAGAGUCGGACGGAUGGAGCUACGUGACAACAACACCAAGAAGCUGACCUCUGGGCUGAGGAGACCCUUUGGAGUGGCAGUAAUGGAUGUGACUGACAUCAUAACAGGCAAGAUGGAUGAUGAGGACAAGCAGCAUUUCAUCCCCUUCCAGCCGGUGGCGGGGGAGAGCGACUUUCUCCAGACCGUCAUCAACAAGGUCAUCGCUGCCAAGGAGGUCAACCACAAGGGACAAGGUCUGUGGGUGACCCUGAAACUGCUUCCGGGUGAUAUCCAUCAGAUCAGGAAGGACUUCCCUCACCUGGUUGACCGUUCCACAGCCGUGGCCCGCAAGAUGGGCUUCCCAGAGAUCAUCAUGCCAGGUGACGUGCGUAACGAUAUCUACGUAACCCUGGUUCAGGGAGAGUUUGAUAAAGGCAGCAAGUCCACCCCCAAGAAUGUCGAGGUCACCAUGACCGUCUACGACGAGGACGGAAAGAAACUGGAGAACGUGAUGUUCCCUGGUGCUGGAGACGAGGGCAUCUUGGAGUACAAGUCUGUCAUCUACUACCAGAUCAAACAGCCACGCUGGUUUGAAACCAUCAAGGUUGCCAUCCCCAUUGAAGACGUGAACCGAAGUCACCUGCGAUUCACCUUCCGUCACCGAUCAUCUCAAGAAUCCAAAGACAAAUCGGAGAAGAUAUUCGCCCUGUCGUUUGUGAAGCUGAUGAGGUACGAUGGGACGACCCUGAGGGACGGAGAGCACGAUCUCAUCGUAUACAAGGCGGAGGCUAAGAAGCUGGAGGACUCGUCUCUGUACCUGAACCUGCCUGCUACCAAGGUGGAGCUGGAGGAGAAGGGAUUGUCCACUACAGGGAAGGGUUCACACAACCUGGGCAACUGUACCAUCAGCAAGGACUCCUUUCAGAUAGCAACCCUGGUGUGUUCCACCAAGCUCACACAGAACGUGGAUCUGUUGGGCCUGCUGAAGUGGCGCUCCAACACCAGCCUGCUACAGCAGAACCUCCGACAGCUGAUGAAGGUCGAGGGAGGAGAGGUCGUCAAGUUUCUGCAGGACACCCUUGAUGCCCUGUUUAACAUUAUGAUGGAGAACUCAGACAGUGACACGUUUGACACCCUGGUGUUUGAUUCCUUGGUAUUCAUAAUUGGACUCAUUGCAGACAGAAAGUUUCAGCACUUUAACCCCGUCCUUGAGACCUACAUCAGGAAGCAUUUCAGUGCUACUCUGGCGUACACGAAGCUGACCAAGGUUCUGAAGAACUAUGUGGAGAAUGCAGAGAAGCUGACAGAACAGCUGCUGAAAGCCAUUAAAGCUCUGGAGUACAUAUUCAAGUUUAUAGUGCGUUCCAGGGUCCUCUUCAACCAACUGUAUGAGAACAAAGGAGAAGCAGACUUCAUGGAGUCCUUGAGGAAUCUCUUCACUUCCUUCAAUGACAUGAUGAACAUCAACUCUGAGAACACAGGCAUGGUGAAGGGUGCAGCGUUGAGAUACGUCCCCACCAUCGUGAACGACGUCAAACUGGUCUUCGAUCCCAAGGAGCUCAGUAAACUGUUCAAGAGUUCAUUCUGAAGGUUCCUUUGU